UUCUGGUCGCCAAUUCAUGGUUUUUCUGCUUCUCCUUUCACACUUCCAUAAUUCUCCACCGGUUUUUCCUCAUCAUGAUCUUCCUUUUCCGAUCUCAAUCCGGUGAGGUGUGUGGCCCACGCGCUUAGAUCUGCUUAGAUCUCCAGCGUCACUUGAGCUGCUUCAGUUUGAUUUAGUUUUCUUGUAUUUUACUGCUUCCAAUUGAGCUGUUUCUAUCCUUUUUUCUUUUCCUCAAGCGUCUUUUUCCUCCGAUUCGUUGCUGCUUCAGCUCGUCGUUUUUGGAUUAGUUAUUUUCUCCUUGUGAACUUGUUCUGUUUUGUUCGCACUCCUUAAGUGCUUCGCGACAAUUUGUUACGUCGUCUUGGAGCACUUUCACCGAUUUGCUGCGUUUAUUUUUUGGUUUGAUCUUUGAUUUCUAUAGCGGGUUCGUUGAACACGAAGCGUGAAGUUGUUGUGUUAAUUAAUCAAGCUUGUGAUUCUUUUCAACCAUAAAAUUUCAGUCAACUAUUCCUCAGUUUUCGUUCUUGCAAGUUCAAUUUCCAGUCACAUUUGUUGCCUGAGAGUGCUCUUCGCGUUAAAGAUGACGUCUGGGACGAGGCAACCGACUUGGAAGGAGAGGGAGAACAAUAAGAGGAGAGAGAGGAGGCGGAGAGCCAUAGCCGCGAAGAUUUUCGCUGGUCUCAGAACGUAUGGCAACUACAAGCUCCCUAAGCACUGCGACAACAAUGAGGUGCUCAAGGCUCUCUGCAACGAAGCUGGCUGGACUGUCGAACCCGACGGCACCACUUACCGCAAGGGAUGUAAGCCUGUAGAACGUAUGGAUGUGGUUGGUGGUUCUGCGGCAGCAAGCCCAUGUUCAUCUUACCAUCCAAGUCCCUGUGCUUCCUACAACCCAAGCCCUGGCUCUUCUUCCUUCCCAAGCCCACGCUCAUCGGCCUAUGCAGCGAACCCUAAUGGUGAUGGCAAUUCCCUUAUUCCAUGGCUAAAAACUCUCUCGUCUGGAUCAUCCUCAGCAUCCUCUUCGAAGCUCCCCCAUCUCUACAUUCAUACCGGCUCCAUCAGUGCUCCUGUCACUCCUCCUCUGAGCUCUCCAACUGCCCGAACACCCCGAACCAAAGGUGACUGGGAUCAUCAGUCCACUCGUCCUGGGUGGGUUGGGCAGCAAUAUUCCUUCCUGCCCUCCUCAACUCCCCCAAGCCCUGGUCGUCAGGUUGUUAAUCCAGAAUGGUUUGCUGGUAUUAGGACCCAGGGCGGGCCUAACUCUCCAACCUUCAGCUUGGUCUCUUCAAACCCCUUUGGCUUCAAAGAAGAGGUUGUAGCCGGCAGUGGUUCGCGAAUGUGGACUCCUGGGCAAAGUGGGACAUGUUCUCCAGCCAUAGCAGCAGGCUCUGAUCACACUGCUGACAUUCCCAUGGCUGAAGUGGUUUCAGAAGAAUUUGCGUUUGGGAGCAACACAGCAGGCUUGGUGAAGCCAUGGGAAGGAGAGAGGAUCCAUGAAGAUUGUGGAUCAGAUGACCUUGAACUCACUCUUGGGAGCUCAAAAACCAGGUGAGAUUACCAUAUAAACCAAGAGUCAGCAUCCCUUGAUGUGAACAUUGACUAGGUUUGUUUAAUUAUGUAGAAAAGGUAGAGAGUAGGGAAUUAAGGUGAACAUAAAACAGUUGCUCUUUCAUUGUAUUUUAUUCUUUUAUUUUCUAUUAGGUCAUAUUUGUUUCCAAGUUAUAUACAUAGCCUUUAGUUAGGUGGGGUGGCUUUGCAAACCCUUUCAUUUUGUCAGUGUCAUGUUAAACCUUAAUGUUAUUGGAAAGAUUAAUCAAUAUACCUGUAUGGAUUUGGCUUGGUUUGCCAGUGAAAGCAAAUUUACUUGAAA